ACACAUUUGUAUUUGCAAAAAUAAAAAACGAUGAUUUGUUUUGUCCCUGGUUGUUACCAUCAUUCUGAGAGUCAUAACAGGGCGCUGUUUCAUGGAGCUAUUAUACACUGCAAGAGUGACGGACCCAUUGUAUUUAGAUAGCGUGACCAGCGGGAAGUUGAUGAGGCCCGGGCGGUGCAGUCACAUUUCCCCCAACGACCGCCACACUGCGAUUCGAAAACAGCCGUUUAAUUAAAUGUAUUCAAACCACCUAUAUGUAGCUGGUACAAAUAAUGUAAAAACGGCCGUUUUCGACUUCCUCUACGGCCGCCGCGAGUGAGCUAAAAUUCAUGCCAUGUUUGUAGUUCCAUCGGCCAUGUUUGUUUGGUGGAUACACCUUUUCACAUAUUGACAAGUGUUAACAAUAAUCUAAACAUAGAGAGAAGGGCUACAACCUUCCAUUUGAAAAGGAGUUGUUGGUGUGUAUAGGAAGAACUCAAUAUUGGAUGAAGUGACAAGUCAUAGGCCCGUUUUGAGGUUUAGGAGAGGACCUUCGACGGUCGUACUCCAAUAUGGCAGAAUCCAAAGCUCCACAGAAAGUCUUUAGUUCUCCAGAAGAAGCGACCAAGGCUAUCAUGGAGGUUAAUCGAUUGGCGACGUUAGAGGAGACUCAGCAGAAGUACAGUGAGCUUGACUUUACUAGUCCCGAAGUCAUGCUCGAUAUAAAGAAAAUAAUACUUGAUUUGAGCAUUACUGUGCUUCAGAACCUUGGCUUAAAUCACUUGAUUCCGAUGUUUGGACUUGAUAAGAUCCCAAAUAUUAUGAUGGCAGCCAUGGCAUAUAAGGAUUCCCCGGAGGUGAUGAAAGCUGUUGCAAAAAUCAGAAUGAAUCCAGCCUUGCGUAUUGCACCACCUCGCCUGAUAGGAGUUGGCGAUGAUGUACCGGACAUGAGGCUUGUAUCUCUAUCAGGUGACGUCACAACUCUUUCUGAUCUUCAAAUCAACAAGGACAGACCAAUGUUGAUCAUGGCUUCAUCAGCUUCCUGACCCCCGCUUAGGGCCUGUGUAGUAGGUGGUACGCUUGCUGAAAUUGUUCGCGACUACCGAGGCCAGGUCGAUUUCCUUGCUGUCUAUCUAGCCGAAGCUCACC